AUGAUUCAUUUAAAUGAAUUUGAUAGAAAUCGUGAUGGAUUUUAUCAAUGUCAUUCAUAUGAUGAUUCAACCAAUUUUCGUAGUGUUUUUAUUUUUUCAAAUGGAGCACGUUCUAUUGAUCGUCAUUGGACAAAACUAACAGAAUUUCAUGAUAAUUUAAUAACUACUUGUCGACCUAUUUAUUUUACUUAUGGUUUUAAUGAACAAUUUAUUGAAUUAAUUGACAGUAAACAAACUGUUCGUUAUAAUCGUAGUGCUCUACUUGUUAAACAUAUUCGAAGUACAACACAUCUUUUCUGCAAAUUAUAUAUAGAUACAACAUCCGUUGGUGUACGCGUACAAACAUUAAUAAAAAAAAAUUUCGGUGAUCCACUUUUAUCAGAUAAAUAUUUGAAAGAUAAUGAUUAUUUCGAAAUGAAUACUAAUGAACGAGAUGUAUAUCGAAUUGCAUUUGAAGAUGAUUCCAUCUAUUUGCAUUGUCCAUCGACAACAAUGUUACCUAUACAAUGGUAUUUUCUUUCGUAUAAUUACUAUUUAAUGAAAAAUCUUCCGACGAUAUAUGAUACAGAUACAAAAAUUAAUUCUGUCGAAAUUACGGAUGCUGGAAUGUAUAUAUGUCAAACAGAAAAUACUAUUCAUCGAAGAAUUAUAUUAACAAUUCUUCAUCCACCAAAAUCUCCUGAUAAUAUUUAUGUACAGACAAUACAUGUUAAUUUAGAUUCAAAAUAUUUACUUUGUUGUCAUUUGGAUGGUAUUCCUUACCCAACAUAUUCAUGGUCGAUGAAUACAGAAUUUCAGAAAACAUCAUUUGUUUGGUGUACGAAACGUUGUUGUUGGUUACAUGUAAUCUAUAAAAAAUAUGAAAAUAUUAUUUGUACAUCAGCUAAUAAAUUUGGAGUGACAAAAUAUAAUAUUCAUUUGAUUGUACAAGAUAUUGGUUUGAAAAGUACUGUAUUUUAUGAUGAACCACACAUUUAUAAUUAUAAUCAUACGGAUAAUUUUAAUCUUAUUCGAAAAAUUGAAGAAAAUCCGACUACAAAGCCAAUGGUUAUAACUACAGAUAUGGAAACUCAUUCAUCGGAAAUCAAGAAAAAUGAGAAAAUAGACGAUGAAAAACUGAUUCCAAACUAA